UAAAAACAACGUCAAGCUGCUGGAGCCAUAUCCACGGCCAUGGCGCGUAGUAAAGUAUGGAAAUAUUACGAUAAGUUACACAACAACACGGCGCAAUGUCAGCUCUGCGAAAAGAUCAUCAAAACUUCCGGAAACACGUCCAACUUGAUGAAGCACAUAAAGACCCAUCCGCAGAUAGAUAUCGAUAAUAAGGAAUCUGUUGUGGUGCGUGGCAUGUGCAAGCGUGAGUCCCAUGUGAUAAAAAGGAAAAUAAAAAAGUCUCCGCCUUACGAGGGGCGGUCCUUGUUCCAGGAGCAAUAUCACAAUACCAGUGAGCCUAUAAUCAAACCCAAAGGGGAGCCAGAUAAUAUUAUAGAGCUAGAUGAUGCCUCUUGUCGGGCAAUUGAACAGGAACAGGGCGCUGGCUUCUGGACGACUGGUGCAGAGACAGUCAGUGCCGAGGACAUUAUAGAAUUCGAGCCUAAGGUGGCAAACGAUAACCUAUUCGAAAUACAGGAUCUACCGCUGGCCGACGCAGAGGAAGAAAUCGCCAACUUUCACAGCAACCUGGACGCUAGAGUACCAGGCCAGCGUUCGUUUCUUCACAACAUGGCUUUCUUCGUCUGCCGUGACAGGCAGCCUCUGCAGAUCAUGCAGGCCGAGGGAUUCAAGCAUUUGGUGAGUGCGUUGUGCCCUGGCUCCAAACCUCCCAGCGUGAAUGAGCUGGAAUCGUACAUUUGCAAUCAGCGACAUCUGCAUGCAUCGAAGCUGCGCAAACAACUAGCACGACUGGCAACGCUUUCCCUAAGCUGUGCCGUUCACACUACACCAGAGGAGCGAAGCCACCUGGUGCUGGUGGUUCACUUCUAUGAGGGUCUGGAAAAGCUUUCCAGAACGUUGUCGGUACAAAGCUUGCCUGAGCAUUUCAAUGCCAGUCAGAUUGAGAAGCGGAUGGCGCGGGUGUGUCGACGGUUCGACAUAAGCAAGGCAAAGAUCACCUGCGUGGUGACAAGAGGCUCUCGUCUGCUCGAGGAUGCUGUAGCGGCCCUUCUGGGAGAUCAUCGACAUGUGCCCUGCUUCGGAUACCUGCUCAACACUAUUCUGGAGAACACCAUGCUGCGCCCCGAGAUUCUUGAAUUCUGCGAAAAGGUUCGUCCCUACGUUACAUGUUACCUCGACAGUGGGAUCCUCCUCUCGCAAAGGAAGCUACAUCUGGAUGUGAAGCAACGCCCCCUCAGCAAAUUUGAUAUGCUGGAGCGAUACACAAAGUACGCCCCGCACCUGCCAAAUUAUUUGCAACUCGAGAUUAGCCCGCCCCUGUCCGAGGAAGAGCUGGAACAGUGUCGGGAGCUGCUGGCAGUCCUGAAGCCGCUGGCCAGCUCGAUGAAGGAGCUCAGUCGAGCAGGAGAAACGUCAUUUCCCGUGGCUAGCAAGGCCUUGCCCAUAGUGUAUACCCUCAUCAACGAACUGAAGAAGCACCCGAGCUCACCGGAAAAUCAGAUAACCUAUGAUCUGCGCUUGUUUCUGGUCCAUCAGCUGGAGGAGUGCUUUGAUAGCAUGGAAAAGAAUGUUCACCUGGCUAUGGCCACUCUGCUGGAUCCGCGCUUUCGAAGUAUGCCUUUUUGCAGUGCAGAAUUGGCGACCCAGUACGUGAGCGAUCUGUACGAGAUUUUUCAGACACACGUAAAGACUCGAGUGCCAGCCACUGUCAAAGAGGACGCGACCGAAAACUAUGACAUCUGGGCAGCGUACAAGGUUUUGUCGCAGGAGAAGCACAGCCAGAGCACAGAGCCCAAUGACCAAGAUGACGAGAUCACCAGCUAUUUUUGUGGACGAAUCAAUAGUCUGCAGGAGGAGCCAAUGAAGCUGUGGGAAAAUCUGAUGCAUUUGCAUCCCUUUCUGCAUAGCCUGGCCAAGAAGUACAUGCACAUUCCGGCCACCGCUGUCCCACCUGCGACUCUGUUUACGGACGCUGGGGCAGCCGUGGAAGAGCAGUACACGAAACUGACUGGCGCUAACAUGGAGAACACGCUCUUUAUGGCAGAUGUUCCACUGGACGAGUGGCAAUUGUAGUACAUGUCUUGGUACAAUUUUAAUAUUGUAGCAAAUAGUUCUUAAAAUAUUACGCGUCCUAUUAAAUCAGCCAUUUUAAAGUGCUACUCUAUU